UCGUCACUCAUAGAUUAUUGCACUAACACUUCCAUCUCUGCUUCUAGUGUUAGCCACAGAAGAGAGAGCAAAAACAAAACGCUUAAACACAAAACAAUGAAGCUAGAUGUUGGUAGCGGCGGCCAAGUUCUCGAUCUGGACACGGCCGUCAAAGACGGCAUUUUAGGCGACAAUGUCUCCGUCGGCUUCAUUCCAAAAUCCGACAGUGAAAAAUUAGAUCUGAAAACAAUGAUUAAAGAGCUGGAGUCAACAAUAGAAGUGCCGUCCGUGUUCAUUUGUCCAAUCUCAUUGGAAACAAUGCAAGACCCAGUUACGCUGUGCACUGGCCAAACUUACGAGAGAUUCAACAUUGUUAAGUGGUUAUCUCUUGGCCAUUAUACUUGCCCCACUACAAUGCAAGAGCUUUGGGAUGACACUCUUACUCCCAACAACACUCUCCACCACCUGAUUUAUAGCUGGUUUUCUCAAAAGUAUUUGGGUUUCAAGAAAAGAUCAGAGGAUGUGCAUGGACGGGUUACUGAGGUUUUGGAUUCCCUCAAAAACAAGAAAAUCAAGGGUCAGGUUAGAGUUCAAUCUUUAAAAGAGCUUCGACAGUUGGUUAGUAUGCAUAACACUGCUAAGAAGGCUGUUUUAGAGAAUGGUGGAGUUGUGUUUUUGAUUAAUUUGUUGGGUCCUUUUACUAGCCAUGCCUUAGGGUCUGAGAUUAUUGGGAUUCUUGUGAAUUUGGAUUUGGAAUCUGCAUCCGUGGAGAAUUUGAUGCAACCUUCUAGGGUUUCUUUAAUGGUGGAUAUGUUGAAUGAGGGUUCCAUUGAGACUAAGAUUAAUUGUACCAAGUUGAUUGAAAUACUGAUGAAAGGUAACGACUUUAAUUCUAAAAAUGUAUCAAGUUUGAGUCUUUUAGUUGGUUUAUUGAGGUUGGUUAAAGAUAAGAGAUACCCGAAUGGGGUAUCGGCCGGACUCGGUUUGUUGAAAAGUCUGUGUUUACAUGAGUCUAUUAGGAGUUCAGUUGUUAGCAUUGGUGCAGUUCCUCAAUUAGUGGAGUUAUUGCCUAGUUUGAAUCAUGAGCGUUUAGAAUUAGCACUUUAUAUUCUAGAUGUUCUUUCAACUGUUACGGAGGGAAAAUUGGCUUUGAAAGAUUGUGCUAAUACAAUACCUAAUGUGGUGAGGUUGUUGAUGAAAGUUUCUGAGAAUUGUACUCAGUUUGGUUUAUCAAUUUUGUGGGCAGUUUGUGAGGUUGCACCAGAAGAAUGUGGUCCACUUGCUGUGGAGGCAGGCUUGGCUGCAAAGUUGCUUCUUGUUAUACAGAGUGAUUGCACUCCUGCACUGAAGCGGCGGUCGUCUGAGCUCUUAAAGUUAUGUAGUCUAAAUUAUACUGCUACAAUCUUCAUUUCCAAGUGUAAGCUUACCAGGACAAUACAAUGAAGAGAGAUGCUGAUAUGUUGAUGCACCGCAUUUGGUUUGCUUUUUCUCCCAAGAGGUGGAGGCCCUGGCAGAUGUGGGGUGGGCUUCGGACGGAAUGCAGCUCGGAUGAUUCUAAGGUAAGAACUGAAGGUGGCAGGCAGAGGUAAUGAAUUAAAAUGGAUAAGCAAGUUUGAAAUUCAUACUCUUAGAUCAGCUCAUGGAAGAAAUGAUGGCUAUCUCCUGACAACUACGAGACAAACUCGAGUUUUUAAAUUUCAGGCAUGUGAAAGGAUUCGAGGUGCUGCUGUUGAAUGUGGAAAAGCAAAUGAUGGAAUUGAAGGUGAAUCACUUUGGAGAUCUAAGGCCAAGCUGUAGAGGGUAACUGUGCAAGGAUUAUGAUAUUUUUGACUGAGAGCUUAAUUAGGAUGCCCUUUGUUGAUAUGUUGCUAAUAAGCAGAGAGCAAAGAAGCUGAACAAGCAACUUAUGAAUUAUGUCUUGUCCAAAGCUGAAAAUGUUAGUUAUUUUUUCUAAAGCUCCUUGGAAGCUUGAGCUCUAUUCUACGAAUAUGUGGGAUAUUCAUUGGCAAAGAGGAUUGAAAUCUAGGGAAUCAUAAGAAACAUCACAUUCACAUUCACAGACAAACGUGUGGCAAAGGAAAAGUGAAGCAUAAGCAGAACAAUAUGAGCAAUGAAGUAUCAAAGGGGACAGCUUUUGUACAUUAUAUCUUCUUUUGCCCUUUACUUUGCCUUCUUUAUCAUCUCAUAUUUUCUCUUAUUUAGUCAAAAGAGUAGCAUUCAGAUUUAACAUCA